UCAGGGCAGCUCAGACACAGUCGGGGACAGUCAGUGAUCCAGAAGCCUCUGCAGCAUGAGUGUCUCUGUGCUGAGCCCCACCAGAGACCUGGGUGGCAUCUCUGGGCUCCUGCAGGUGGCCUCCCUGCUCAGCCUUCUUCUGCUUCUGCUCAAGGCAGCACAGCUCUACAUGCACAGGCAGUGGCUGCUCAGAGCCUUCCAGCAGUUCCCGUCCCCUCCUUCCCACUGGCUCUACGGACACUACUGGGAGUUCCAGAAUGGCACAGAGCUGCAACCGCUACUAAAAAGGGUAGAGAAAUACACGAGCGCCUGUCCUCGCUGGCUGUGGGGGACAAAAGCCCAUGUGUUGGUCUACGACCCUGACUACAUAAGGGUGGUCCUCGGGAGAUCAGAUCCAAAGAAUCCUAGUUCCUACAGAUUCUUGGCUCCCUGGAUUGGGUAUGGUUUGCUCCUGUUGAAUGGGCAGACAUGGUUCCAGCACCGACGGCUACUGACUCCUGCCUUCCACUAUGACAUCCUGAAGCCCUAUGUGGGUCUCAUGGCAAACUCCGUCCGAGUGAUGCUGGACAAGUGGGAGGAGCUCGUCAGCCAGGACUCACAGCUGGAGAUCUUUGAACACGUCUCCUUGAUGACCCUGGACACCAUCAUGAAGUGCGCCUUCAGCCACCAGGGCAGCAACCAGACAGACAGGAACUCUCAGUCCUAUAUCCAGGCCACCAGGGACCUCAACAAUCUGAUUUUUUCCCGCCUGAGAAAUUUCUUCUACCAGAAUGACAUUAUCUACAGGCUGACCCCUGAAGGCCGCAGGAGCCACCAGCUCUGCCAGCUCGCCCACCAACACACAGAUAAAGUGAUCAAGCUGAGGAAGGCUCACCUGCAGGAGGAGGGAGAGAUGGAGAAGGUGAGCCAGAAGAGGCACUUGGAUUUCCUGGACAUCCUCCUCUUUGCCAGAAGAGAGAAUGGGAGCAGCUUGUCUGACACAGACCUCCGUGCCGAAGUGGACACGUUCAUGUUCGAGGGUCACGACACCACAGCCAGUGGCAUCUCCUGGAUCCUCUAUGCACUGGCCUCCCACCCUGAGCAUCAGCAGAGGUGCCGGGAAGAGAUCCAGAGCCUCCUGGGGGAUGGCGCCUCCAUCACCUGGGACCACCUGGACCAGAUGCCCUACACCACCAUGUGCAUCAAGGAAGUACUGCGACUCUACCCACCAGUACCAGCCGUCAGCAGGGAGCUCAGCAAGCCCAUAACCUUCCCUGACGGACGCGCCUUACCUGCAGGAAUCACUGUAUUGCUCUCCUUUUAUGCCCUUCACCACAACCCGAAGGUGUGGCCGAACCCAGAGGUGUUUGACCCAUCCCGCUUUGCACCAGCUUCUGCUCGACACAGCCAUGCUUUCCUGCCCUUCUCAGGGGGAUCCAGGUAAGUCUUCGGUCCUGGGUGGGGGGUGUCACUGGGUGCUACCCAACGUCGGUGCCCUCCUACCAUCAUACGUGGUGCACGCAGUUAUGCCCUUGAUGUUGGUGUGUAGGGAAGGAGGCCUGUGUCUCUAUGUGUAAAAAGGUCUUCCAGGGUCGCCCCCGAGACUCUGACCUCCUGACUUUCCCAAUGGCUGGUCACAUUUUGGUGGCAGUGGCCAUUCCAAUGGAUUCCAGUGCUUUCCUCACGUUAAGAGUAUGACUUUUUAGUAUUAGAAUUUUUCACAAACAUUAAACUUCAUAUGUUUGCUUUCCACAAUUAUCAGUCAUCUUUAAAGGUGGUUUUACCUCUUCCCAUGUUUUUAGCCCAGCCCACUGCAUUUUUGACUUCAUCAUCUAUCCACCUCUCACUGUAUCAGCCACGUUCCCAUGUGCUUGGAUUUCUAGCUGCCUUCCUUAUCCUGUCUGUUCAGGCAUAUAUCUGAGGGGUUACAGUCGCUGUUUGAAGAAAGUUACACACCAAUAUGUGUGUUCUCUGUGUGUGUGUGUGUGUGUGUGUGUGUGUGUGUGUGUGUGUGGAGUCUAUUCCAAUUAAGUUUUGGCUGCAUAUUAAUAUUCACAUAACCAUGACAACUGUCCCAGUUGGCAAAACUCUUCAUAUAUAGUUGGACUUAUAUAUCGUAGUUCCAGAAUCUGCCUAGUCUGAUGUGGGCCAAAAAGCCUGAAACUGAGAACAAACAAGUGCUUUUGACAGGAAAUCCGCUCUUGUGUAGAUGACGCGUGCAUUUGCAAGGUUUCUGGCAUGGAGAACAUGAAGCGCACUGGAAGUAACUCUUGAGCACGUGACGCUCUCCAACAGGACUGCUCUGAAAACCUUCCAAGUCUGCAGAUCCUCCGGGGAGACAGUGACUUUGUGAUUCCUCAGUAGAAACUAGUUUUUUUCUGAAUCCGUAUUUCUGUGAAAUUUUCAAGUGAAUCAACUUUCACAGAACCGGUUUGAAGCAAAUGUUCUUCCAAAAUUGGCCCUAGGAUUUGGUUUGUCCCAGGGUUGAAUCCUUUCUCUUAGAUAUUGGCCACCUGUCAUCUGACUGCCCUAGCAGACAGCAGGUCCUAGGCAGCUCAAGUCUCCUAGGUCAGAAUUAAUAUUCACUUUUAUUCCACCCUAGUUUUUUUUUCCACUAAAUUAGCUUUGCUUGAAUAUAAAAUUAUUUAUUAAACCCCUCUUUGUGUGCCAAGUCCUGUGCUUGGAGAUGGGAACACAGAGAAAAAAGAUACUGUCCCAGUCUCCAAAGUUCACAGUCAAGAAACAACACCACUGCUCAAGACAGACCUCAUUCAUUCUCUCUUUCCUUCACUCACUCAUUCAUUCACUGAGCGGAUUGGUGGAAGUUCCAUGUUCCUGGGACUGUGCUGGGCACUGGAGGGUGAUGUGUCCUUGAGUAAAACAGUGAUCAUGCCUCGGGUGUCCAGGGAGGAAGGGGUGCAGCCAGCAGAGGGGGAGGGUGGGCUAUCAUUGGACUUAGCCCUGAGCAAGUGGCCGGCAGAGGUGGAGGGAGGGCACUCUUGGCGGUCUCAAUGUGAGCUGAGCGGGGAAGUGGGCUGGACAGAUAAGAGCUGAGUGAGGAACAACCUAGAGAGGGCUCUGCUGCCAGCUGAGGCAUUUGGACGUGUCCUCCCUGUGAUGGGGGCACAGCAGGGCUGGAGCAGCAGGGGCUUCAGUAGAGGAGGUGUGACAGAGACAGAAAAGGCCGAGUGAGGAGACCGAGGGAUGGUAAGGAGGAACAUUUCUGCAGUAGAAUGGGAAGGUUCCAGAAGUGGGUUGACUGAGGGUUGAGGGGAGGCAAGAGGCCAGACAACUAAUUGGGAGGCAAAUGGUCCAGCAGGUUGAGGGGCCUUAACCCCUGGCCCCUCCAGGAAGUUUAUCUGUUGUUGUUCUGACUUCUGUACACAACUGUGUCUUGUUCUGUCUGGGUAUCAGGGUCUCUGUGUCCUGUAGACAGUGAGGAUCUGAGAGUGUGGAACACACUGCCCCCUCCAGUGCCCUGGCUUUCCCUGAAGCUGUACACUUCCUGUGGACCAGUGAACAAAGUACUAAUUACCACUUAGUGAUUCACUUGACUUGACUCCGUGGUUUAGAGCACUGACCCUCCCCUAACAGGACUUCCCCCUGCUGAGAGCAGAAGAAGGGGUGAGGAGCUAGGUGUGGAGACAGGUAGGCUUUGUCAAAGGUCACAGGGAGGGUGUCAACCAAGGAUUGAAUGUGGAGGUGAGUGUGACCUGAAAGGGAGGGGUGGGGGC